ACAUAUCGAGUCGGUCCGCCAUAUCGAGUCGGUCCGCCAUUUUCGCUGUGAAUUGCUUACCGCUUACCGCCAAUUUUUCCUACGCACAAGCGACGUUACGGUUGUUGCGUGCACCGAUAUACACUUCGUCGAACAUCUGAAACGAACUUUGUUGAACGAGUGAAAAGAUCUCGGGGAGUUCCGAGUUCUCCUCGUGCGUAAAGAGAAUUUGGCCGAUCGAAAUCCCAGAAGGAACCUGUCAUGCUGUCGUGAUCGCAUCACUUGAUGUCACCAUGUCUGGCCGAUUUUGCUUGUUAUGCGCGAGCGACGAAGGUGUCUUUCUGGACAUCUCCACGGACAACCGCGACACAUUCGUCGAUCAGCUGGAGAUAUGUUUGUCUGCCAAGGUAAAUGAAAACAUCAAAUUGUCGAACAAGAUAUGCUAUAAAUGUGCGUAUGAAUUAGGUCAGUGCGCCAAAUUUGUGCAAAAGUAUAGGAAAUCACAUGAUGCCUCAAAACCGGAAGCUGAAACAUCAAUGCCAUGUUGCUGUUUGUGCUUUGAACAUAUAGAAAAUAACCGCAUAUUUGAUAUUACCAAGGACAAUCGCGGAAUCUUUAAUCCUUUACAGAAAAUCCGCAAGAUCUUUAACGAGGAUCUUAAGAAGAAUGACAAUUCUAAACUGAUAUGUCUGACAUGUCGAUAUAACUUGGAUGUUUUAUAUGAUUUGAGAAGAGUAUACCAGGAAGUAAUUAUCAAUCUGAAGGCCUUGGUUAAUAACGAAAUAGAUUAUUCAAAUUUUCCAAAGAUAUAUACAGAUGUUGUAAAUCGCAAAACAACUGUUACAACAUUUCCGGAUAUUACAUUCUAUGAUCUAAUAAAUUCCGAUAGCGAAAGUAGUGAGAAUAUGGGACGUAAUAAAACGCGUGCUAAAAAUCGCACGGAGCGAAGCAAUGCACAAACUAAAUCACGAAACAAUGUGAAAUUAAAAGUUCGGAAGUGUGACAAGUGUCAUAAUAUUGUCCCGAAUGGUACUGAUAUGUAUAGAUUUCAUCGUUCGCGUCUAACAGUAUGCAGAAAUUGUUGGAUAACAAUGGAUCCAAGUAAAGACAAAUUAAAACUGCGAUCACGAGAGGUAGAACCCAAUUUGACCGAAACAAAAUUAUGUGCAGUCUUUUUGACGGAUGUGCUUGACAAAAGUGAGAAAGAAUCUAAGAUAGAAAAAAAUCAAGAUAAUAAAUCUGAUGACAAUUCAGAAGACAGAUUAUCUGGAAGUUCUUUAAAUAUCACGCCUAAGAGUGAGGAUGCUGUUAACGAUAACAGAAAACAAGGAAAGAAACGACAAAUCAACGCUGAGAAGAACGAGGAUGUCGAGAGCACACGAACGAAAGUAACAAAAUUAAGCAAAAAACCUGCAAAUGCAACUGAAGCAAAGGCAUCGUCUGACAUGGAGCAACUGGAGUCUACCACUUAUUCGACGCGACAACGACGUAAAAGAGCAGCCGCUAUUAGUUCUGACUCUGAUACUUCUCCAUCGAGUUUAAAAGAAAAAUCAAAAAGUCAGACAGAGAGUCUGUCACCUUCCUCGAGUAAGCCAGAUAAAAAGAAAUUGAAAACUAUUGUUGAAGGAAUAUCUACAAAUGUACAUUCAGAAUCUACCAAUGAAUCAUCCCCGGAAGAUACAAAUUCGAAAAGAAUGACGAGAAAAGCUUUAACUGCGCGUGCAAGCAAGGAAAAGAACGUUCGCAAAAGAACAAGAUCAUCUUCUAUCUCUAGUACCGAAACGGUAUCAUUGGCGGAAAGGCUUAAAAGUCCGAAAUCUGUAUCAUCGCCGGAAGAUAAGAAAAAAUGCCACACUUGUGACAUGUGCGGUAAGAAAUUUGAUACCAAGCUGGAAAGCGCAGAACACAGACUAACGCAUCUCCUUCAAGCUUCGUUAAAAUUGGAAAGAUUAACUAUUUCAAAUAUUAAGAAACAAGAAUUGAAACUUGAUUCGGAAGAAGAUAAAAUAUCCGAAGAAGCGAAAAAAACUGUAAUUGAAAAAUGUACCGAUGAUGUAACCGACGAGAUUAAUAUCGAAGAUACGGACGAAGAAAUGUCAAGUGUAACGAGAAAGGAAGAUGCAGAAAAGAAAGAAACAAAUAGUGAAAGUUGUAAUGUGACUGACAAACUAGACACAGAGAAUGAAUUGUGUGUAGACGAAUCUGCGAAAUAUCAAAGCGAUGAAAAGAUGAUGGAGGAAUCUGAACAGUGUGUAGAAUCGUCUGUGUCGAAUGGAACAGUAACUUCUGUUGAAAUAAAACAGAAUACAGGAGAAACAAAAGAUACAGAAGAAAAAAAUACAAAUAACAAAAAUAGAAAGGCAUCAACGGACAGAGACAUUGACACAUUGAAUAGUAAAGACACGGAUAUACAGAAUGAUAUUGUAGCGAAGGAAACAUCUUCCUCUACAUCCAAAUGUAGUCAUUCAUUGUUUAACAAUUUUGAUGAAAAAGAAAAUAAAAAUGUAUCUGCAAAAGAUGGUACAAAAGUAUCCACUGAAGAAAAAGGAAAGUCUAAUAACGACGAAGAUCAUCUUCACGAAGAAACGGCGCACGAUAACGAAACAACUAAAUCAUCGGUUUCAUCGAUUAACAACAUGACCAAGGAUACGAUUCGCAGUAAAAGUUGCAAAAAUGAUUUAAAAAAUAGUUGCGAAGAUAAUGAAAGUGAAGUAGUAAAGGACAUAGAAGGGGAACAGUGCGAUUCAGUAAAUAAAUCUCGGAAGAAAAAUAUAAAUGAAUCCAAAGAAAAGAAAAAAAAUGUGUUAAACAUCGUAGAAGAAACAGAAACAUUAAAAGACCAAAUAGAUUUAGAUGAUGUAGUCGUAGAUGAGAACAAAGUCAUAGACGAAAAUAAACUUGAAGCCUCAGAAAAAUCGCAAGGUCCAGCUAAUAAAGAGAACAUAGAAAUUGAGGUGAUUGUAAAUGUUGACAAGCCUAAUAGUGCAAAAGAUAUCGUUAAAUCGGAUUUUUUAAAUGGUAAAAGUGUUGAGGAAGAUGAUAAAGACAAGAGCAAUGAUGUAAUCAUUUCUGCAGAUAGCAAUGAGGUAGUACAAUGCACGAACGUCACGGAAGAAAUAAUUACAGUAGACAAUUCAAAUGAGAAAAAGAAAUUAGAGGAGAAUAAUCUCGAAGAAUUGAUGGAUAUUAAUACAACGAAUAAUAAAUGCGAUGGUCAGGAAAACUUGAAUCAUAGUUUGAAUGAUAGUUCCAUGGAUGCAGCUAGCAUGAUAUUGAAUGAAGUAUUUGAUCUGGCGGCCGCCGAAGUUCAAAAACGAGAGGACAUUGCUAUGAAAAGUUUACGCGAUACUGAAAUAGAAAGCUUGGAGAACAUAACGCGCGAAAUACACAACAGCGCGGAUAUGCCAUCUUUGGACCCAAUUAUGGAUAUAGAUGAUGAUAACGAUGUCACAUUGAACUAAUUAUGUUAUACUGUUAUCGUCAUCUAUUUACGCAUAAUAAUUGUACAUUUUAUUAUACAUGUUUAAAUGAAUGAUUGUGUGUGCAAUGCAUUACUGUUCCAGAUGGAAAGAAUUACAUUGAUUUGAAAGAAAGAAGGGAAUCGCUGAAUAUUUCUAUUCUUUCAGAUGAUCUAUGUUACAAACUUUUUCUCUAAUAUGCCCAAGUUUUCAAAAGAUAUAAUUCUUACUUUUGUUUUAUCUUACAUUAUAUAAGAUAAAUAGAUAAUGUUUUAUAAAUAUUAGUAAUUCAAUUGGAGAAACGUUAAUAAAAUUGAAGAUAGGCUUUUAUUAUCACAUGUUAAAUAUCUUAUUAUCUCAUUAUUUAAGAUAAAUAUUAAUUUGUUUGGCAUUAAAGAUUUAAUUAAAUAUAUUGUGAUGCGUAACAUGCAUAUUGUUCUUUACAUAACAUCUCUAUAUAACAUAUAGAGUGAAACAAGCUACCAGUGUGACAAAAUUUCAACAUUAAAAGCAAAAAUAAUUUGUAAAAUUAAGAGAUAAAAAAUCAAAAAUAUUAAAAACAUGGAAAGUUUCUCAUUUAUUUGUAUCAUUAGAUGAUAAUGUAAGAUAAUUAUUAUUAUAAGAUAUUAUAUAUAGGUACACAUUUUACUGAUUCUGUAAAAAUGCUUGCACAUUUUGUUAGAAAUUUAUGUAAUACAUUUCAUUUAUAUGCUA